UUCUUAGCCAGGCCUUUUUUGUAAUCCGAAAAUGAUGAAAACUGAAGGGAAAGGGGAGAGGAACCUAAGAAGUGCUUCUCCACACAGAAAUGCCUACAAGUCUGAUUUCCAUGCUAUCAAAUGUUCUUUUGAUGGGCUGAAACCAGAGAUCUCCCCGAAGCCUGCUUCUAUAAAGCCAAACACUAAUGGAGCACCAGCUGACCUCACUCGAGGCCGUGCCUCAUACGGAAACCGUGUUCACAAAAUCAAGAACAUGUUUAUGCAGAUGAGCUCAACUCCCAAUGAAAACCUGGUUGAAAGUAAACUUAUUAAUUCCUCUUCUCCGACAAACCCUUCUGUUGUAAGUGUGCAGAAAAAUAAUGCCUUAAAUAUUAGCCCUGAUCUACCUGCUCCAGAACGGGUGGUCAAAACGGGUGAGGAUGGAGACUUGGACAAAGCAACCCUGGCAGAGAAGUUUUCAGAAACCAGGAAGCUCUUCGAAAGAAGCCUUAAUCGACAAACCACUUUUGACACGUCUUCCCCCACCAAGGAAGAGAAAGGGAUCAGGCUGGAGCGCAGACAUGGAUCUGUUGAUGACAGUUCUUCAUCUGAUCUGAGCCCAUCAAAGGUAACCAAGAUAACAUCGGUGGAAAACAGUCAGAUCAGUUACAGGUCAACAUGUUCCUCCUCCUCCUCUUCUUCUGUAAAUGCUGGACCAAUUAGCAAGAGAUUGGAAAGUUUCCUCGCUGACAGUGAUGGUGAGGAAUCUAGGGAGCUCUCCAAGACCAAUGAGAUUUUAAUUGAUACCACUGGUUCUCCAGUCACAUCUAACCACUUGACCUUCCUGAAUGAUGUAGGAGUGAAUAAUAAUGAAGGGACCACAAAUGAUAUUGCUGGUGUGGAGCACAAAUUGGUAAAGACGCAGAGUCUGGACUGUGAACAGAACAUAAAAAGUACUGUUACUGAAGAAGACACUUUGUCCUUUCAAAAUAACAAUACAUUCCCAGUCGGGAAGCCAUGGGACAGAGAGCCCGCUAUGGCGGACAAAACUCAAACUGAAAUGGUAAGAGCCGAGCUAGUGGUGUUACAAAACGAGUCAUCUGAGAGCGAGGAAGAUACUGUCUUAAAAGAUGAUGUGUUCGAUGAUCUAAAACCUCUGGAUCCUCAGCCUUGUGUUAUUGAGCAUCUACAGAAGGUAGAGGAUGAGGUCAAAGAAGAACAAGAGCUUAACAAAACAAAAGCAGAAGAUGGCACAGAGGUCACUGUGAAGGCCACAGUGGAAGCCACAGAUGAUGCGGAUAGCGAUGAUGAGGAAGAAGAGGGUAGUGAGUUCGAAGAACAGAGUGACAAGAAUAAAAACUUGCUGAGAUAUCCAUCUGGAGCUUUUGGCAUAGAAAAUGCAGCUUUUGAUGAUGACCAAAAUACAGAAACCGAGCAGCCAGGAGCUGAUAAUGAGAAGUUAUUGGGGGCCGAGGAUUAUGAAUUUGGCAGUGAUUAUGAGGAAGUACCUGGUCUCCCAGAGGAGGAAGAACUACCAGUUAGAAAAGUCAAGUUUUCUACAGCUCCAAUAAAGGUUUACGCCACCUUUUCCAAUGAAGACUAUGAUAGACGUAACGACGAGGUGGACCCAGUGGCAGCAUCUGCCGAGUAUGAACUGGAGAAGAGGGUGGAGAAAAUGGAUGUCUUUCCUGUGGAAAUUGAAAAAGGCGACAGUGGCCUUGGCAUCAGUAUCAUUGGAAUGGGGGUUGGUGCAGAUCAAGGUUUGGAGAAAUUGGGAAUCUUUGUAAAAACGAUUGCAGAAGGCGGAGCAGCUCAAAGGGAUGCACGGAUUCAAGUCAAUGACCAAAUUGUGGAGGUAGAUGGUACUAGUUUAGUUGGAGUGACACAACUCUUUGCAGCCACGGUACUGAAGAACACCAAAGGCACAGUCAGAUUUCUUAUUGGGAGAGAGAAACCAGGAACACAAAGUGAGGUGGCACGUCUUAUCAGUGAGACUCUGGAGCAGGAGAGAUGUCAGCAGAUGUACGAGCAGCACUACUCUGAGGGCAGCACUGGGCAGGAAGAAGAUUUUGAAGAUGAGGAGGAUGAUGACGACGACGAUGAUCAUCUAGAGUCCCAGUCACAUGGCAAUUCUGUGGAAGUUUUCGAGCUGCCAGAAAACGACAUCAGUUUCUCUCUGGAUAUGGAUAUGGACACAUCACAGAUGGCUUUAAAAUUUAAAGAGUUGCAACUGAAGCACGCUGUCACAACUGCAGAGGUGAUGCAGCUGAAAGAGAGGAUAAAAGCUGCCGAGGCAGAAAAGCUGGAUUGGGAGACAAACCGGUCGAAGUAUCUGCAGUCCGUAGAAGAAAACAAGGAGAAGAUUAAGAAGUUGGAGACCUAUUGGCUGGAGGCUCAGGCACUGUGUAAAACUGUUAAUGAACAUCUGAAGGAAACCCAAGAGCAGUAUGAUACACUGGAGAAGAAAUACACAAAGGCCAAGAAGUUACUGAAAGAAUUUCAGCUGAAAGAAAUAGAAUUUGAAAAGAAAGAGAAGGAGCACCAAGAGCUCCUAAAAGGAAAGGACAGACGUCACAGCGAACAAAUGAAUUUGCUAAAAGCAAGAAUUUCAGAUCUUGAAAACAGACUCGGUGCCUACGAGCAAACUCUGCAGGUGGUCCCCAACAAUAAACAUAGUGAUGUUCAUGAGAAUGGCGAGGAAUAUGCAGGCGCAGCUGCGGAGGAGACCUUAGACGACCUAGAAACAGAGGGCUCUUCACUUCUAGAAUGUUCUGUGUCUGAUUUUGAUGCCUGUGUGGGAGAAAUCCAGCGCUUGGACACCAGCGCACACAAAGCGAAAGCUCAGCUGGCACUUAAAGUGAAACGCCAGCGACCAUCCCGGCACAAAAUAAAAGAGUCAUUCACUGCUGAAGGGAAAGCCACGUAUACAGAGGAAGAGAAUGAAGACACAAUUCCAGCAGAGACAGUGAGCCCUUGUGAAAAAGUAGCAGAAGAGACGGAAGAACGGCUGGUCUUGGCAGCUGCCGAGGAUGAUGAUCAAAGGGCUGAAAAGUCUCAAGCGGCCGAGAGUUUAGGUACUCUCCUGGAGUCAGUCCCCUCCAUUUCCACUUCCUCCUCCCCAACAUACAGGACUAACACUGAAACCAUUCUAACCUCCAGUCAGUCUCCCACUGAGGAAGGGCUAGCUCAGAGUUCCUCAGGCGGAUACACUAGGAAUACCAAAGUGAGAGAAUCUAAAGGCAAAGGCAAAGUCGCCAAAGAAGAGAAGAAAGGUGAUGACAAAACCACUGAUGCAAAUGAAGCCACUGGAAAGCAUAGGAGAAGGUUUCCUGAUUUUGGGGGAAUGCGAAAGUCUGGAGGCAAAGGCAAAAAACAGGACCGGGAGAGUCUGAGAGGAUCCUUGGAUAGUCGUGGAUCACGAGAGUUACUAGAUGAAGGUGGUAACCAGUCACUGUCUGACUCGGACUCUCCAGUCCCUACAUGCAUGCCCUUCUCCUGGUUUGGUGAGAGCCAUAAAGAAUCUAGCGGAAGCUUCAACUUUCCACACAGCGGAUCUGAGCUGUCUGCGGAGCAAGAGAGAAGCAGAAACAAGAGUAGAAUUAUCAUAGAUGAUACAUACAGUUACAGCCCCUGCUCUGACCUGUCAGGGUUGGUGGCAGAGCCCUCCCUAUCGGGGCGCUCACACACUUUCACCUUCUCUUCCAAUGAGGCGUUGGAUGAAGAUGUCGCAACAAGCGGGAAACAAAACCAAUGGCACAGCCGGCCAGUGUCUGACUGGAACACCCAGCAAGUGUGUCACUGGUUAAUAGGAAUGAAUAUGGAGCAAUACAUCACAGAGUUCACAGCAAAGAACAUUGAUGGACAGCAGUUAAUGCUACUGGAUAGUGACAGACUGAAGGCGCUGGGUGUUUUGAGCCAAACAGACCGAGCCACUAUCAAGAAGAAAAUCAAAGAAAUUAAGAAAGCACAAGAAAAACUGGAAAGACAUAAAGAAAAAAGUUCAAAAAAAGAAGUCCUGAGAAAAGGUGGCAAAGCGGUCCCAACAGUGGAAUCGAGCUGCUAAAACACUACACCCGAGACCUUCCAGCCCAUGUGUUGUAUAUGUAUAUAGGUGUACAAUUAAAAUGAGAUUAUGGGAAAUCUAUAACAUAUUUAGAUUAUUUCUUAAUGCCUACUAGCAUCAAACAAUGUACGUCACCUGACUGAGCAUUUUAUUUAGCAUUUUUAUUAUAAAAAAAGAAAAUAGCUCCUAUAUUUGUCAUGAGUUCUUGAAGUGUCAUUUUUUAGUGUACGAGGUUGUGGAUAUUUUAAUGCUGAACUUUUUUCUGUCUCUCCAACAACCACUUCAUAAUAUAGUUUGUUUGUGUUUAAACUUUCCGCGCACAGCCAGUAACAUGCAGGCUUCCUGACUUCUUAUAGGGAAAGAUUAUUCUCGUGUAUAGUUUUCUACUUGCAGCACUGGCUAAUUAAAGGGAAAGUCCAGAUAAAAAAAACACUUUUCUAGGCCGGUAUAAUGGCUGUGCCGACCUGUACAAUGGUUUACUGCGCACUUCUUGGCGGUGUC